CCGUUGUCACGGAGUGGGCCGUACCUAGGUAGGCUUUGGAGGACUUGGCCACAGGCACCAGGCAUAUGUGUGUCCAGCCGUUUGAGCAGCUCUAGCUCGCGAGUGACCACCCAUGGGCUGUCGAUGGGGCUAUAUUCGGCUACAGCCGCGAGCUAUCCACCACGAAUUGUGGCUAUCGAUGUCUUUCCACGCCCAGCUCGCUUUAUCUUGAAGUCAUCAGCGAGCUUAUACCUACCCACCAAGACUGGACGGUGGAAAUCCUUCCUCACCAGACUACAACAGACCUGGCCAUUUCUGAGCACCAAGGUGCAGCCACGGGUACACUUUAUCUCGUAAGAGUGCCAUCUUUUCUGUCGGCGUACUCCCGAGUGAGCGCAUCCAAGUCUACCGAAGGCAGAAACAGUUCCUCUGGCAUGGUUCUGGUGCCUGCCUCGUUCGUUUGCGAGCGAGAAGAUCGCAGCAGCAAUCGAAUCCUGCAUACCUUGGAGGGCUUGGCUCUCAGGCGAUACUCCAGAGUUGCAGGAGCUUUUAAAAGCACAUCUUGCACGGUCGUCUCGGACAACAACGAUUUACUCGGCAUUCCCCGAGCGGUCACCAUCGGACACUGCGCUGCUGUCCUGCAGCCCACCAUGGCCACGCCAGUCAGCCGGAGGGACGGCAGCAGCAGAGGUGGCAAGGCGAGACCACAAACUGGCAGCGACCAUGUCAAACAUCGGCGGACGCGAUCGGGUUGCUGGACCUGUCGCAAGCGCCGUGUCAAGUGCGACGAGGCUCGUCCCAAAUGCAUACGGUGCCGAAAAGGAGGCCGAGAGUGUGUUUUCCCUAGCGACAUGGCCAAAGGUGCGGGCGCAUCCGAAACCACAAAGAACAAAACGACAUCUCCUGGGCAGGACCGACCUAGUCGUGCCACAGCCUCAGACUUGGAUGCGGAAUCUGAGUUGGAAGAGGCAUCAGGAGAGCCUCAUGAUUCAGUGCACGACGACAGCCAUGACAACCGACUACCCUUCCGUGGGAGGCAGAGAGAACGGGCCAGAAAAGCCUUCUUGGAGCGCCUACAGGAUUCCUCGAGCAGAUCAGAAUCCCAAACCCCAUCUUGCGCCAGCUCACAAUCUUACAGCCCGUCAGAAACAUCAGAACCAGACACGGUGGAAACACGACAACCGCCUCCGCCACCCCAAACAGAGACAGUCUGGGGUCCAGAGAACGUCGACGAACGAGUGCGAUUCUAUCUGAAUUACUUUGUUUGUCACAUCACGUUUUUGGAUUAUGGUCUCACGUGCGACCCGGACAGCUUCUUUGAUACGACGCUGCUACAGAUGGCAAUGCUCGACGAGAACCGAGCUCUGCUUUACGGCAUCGUCGCGUUUUCUGCUUACCACCACGCGCUCAAAACCCCGGAAGGGGGCCUUGAAGACUUCCUCGAGUACUACAACAAUAGCGUCGCAAGUGUUUUACAAACUCUGAACAGCAGCGAGGAACCUGGGGUAUCCACGGCGGUCACUUUGCUCCAGCUCAACGCAAUCGAGGCAAAUUUCAGCGACUUCCCACAGCUAGUCAGUCAUCACCGGGCGGCCGGCGAGCUUAUACUUCGCAAUUGCGGGCCAGAAAUGGUUGGCAACCUGUCUGCACGAACAGCACUGUUGUGGUAUCUGCACUGCGACAGCUUGAUGUCAUCUUGGUGCAAAAUGACGCGUGUCAUUCCCAGAGACUACGUGGAGACGCUGGCAGACUUUUAUCGCCAGCAAGGGGAAGUUCACCCGAAGACGACGGGCUGGAACAUCGCAGCCAGUCACGUUCAGCUCUACCUAGCAUCAAGCAGUGUAGCGGACUCUCAAGAGCGGCAGGAACUUGGACACACACCAAAUAUGGAUUCGAACGAAAAUCAUGCUCUGACGAGCAGUAGACUGCACGAAUGGCACGGAGACCUCGACUCGUCAUUAUUAGACACCGCCCAUCUUGCAUUAGGGAAACACGACCUUGCAUCACCGGAUGGCACGGCAGUUCUCGAGCCCUGGCAUCAGUCCACCGACGCUUCUCUGUCCACAUUGUUUGGCACCACCCUACUGCUGGCAUACUGGCACUUCGCCAUGCUCUUGCAUGAAGGCACCAAUUGUCUCUCCCGUGGACAGCAGCCGCCCGAAAGCGUCGUGGAGCAUGCCGUACGAAUCUGUCAGAUCUGGUCGUUCGCGACCUCUCUUCGGUCGGCAAGCUCCUGCAUGCCUCUGAUCGCUCCGCUGCGAGUUGCCAUCCUCUUUCUGCCACGUAAUGGUCAUUAUAGCGGGUGGAUUCGAAGAAACCUUGCCAUGACAGAAACUCUGGGGAACAUGAUGGCCCAACCAGUGAGAGCGUGCAUGGCGCAAAUCCUACAAGACCAGACAUGUCUACACUGGUGGUUGUCCAACGAAGAGAACAUGACCAUGGCGGUCCGUAACGCGCGGGCCAUGGCGGACGAGCGAUGGGCCGCGAGCUUGAGCUCGACCACAACGACGGCUGAAUUCAGGAACAGCAGCAAUACCCUGCUAGAGAUUGCCGACGCCAUAAUACGGGUAGACGGAGCAAGCCAAGGUCUUCCGUUACGGCGCUUUCACUAGACUAGAUAGGCUCGGUCCGGGGGCAUGCAAAGUUGCCCACCAGAAGGGGGGGGAAACAGUUUUGGGCGGCGGUCCUCCGAUAAUCUCCCGGAUGUAAGAGACGGAUAGACAAAAGUCACGACACGAAGAGAUCCAGCAUAGACGACAUUAUGAUAGACGCUGUCACCCCAUCGAUCAAGCAAAGUCGGAGAUUACCGGCUCAUCUUGUAAAUCUUGAUACCUCACAGAGUGUAAAGCACGCCAAAAGUUGGUGUGGCCAGGCACAGCUCAGCAAGACAAAUGCGAAUCACAAAACUGAGAUUCUCUCAUGGUGGAUGCCCU